UACAUGUUCACAUUUAUUUAAAACAGUUUGGCACUCCUUUGUAAUUCUAUUACACGUCUAUAUAAAUAUCUGAUAUAAUAAUAUGCGUAAUUAUACCAUACUAAAAAUUUAAGACGAACAAUUUUCAAGUUGAAAAAUCAAAUCAGUAUGGGGUGCAUAUUCUAUUUUAUUUUCAUAAUUGGAUUUAUAUUUCUACUGAAAGGAAACCAAUGUAUCGACGAAUCUAUUAUACUGAUUACUGACAGCCACAAUAAAGGACUAUAUGGAGUAUCGUCUAAAACUAACACAAUCUACUCUAUCGCCGUCAAGAGAGUUUCAAACCCUAUAGCAAUAGAUUAUAACGAAAUGAAUGAAAGAAUAUACUGGAGUGACGUCAUGCUGAAUGAAAUAAGGAGCACGUCCAUUAGCGGGCAUGAUGACGUCAUAAUAAGGAGUCUCGAUAAUGGUUCGAUUCCUGACGGACUGGCGGUCGAUCCCGUUUCCAAGCUUUUGUUUUAUUCAGACGCAGGGAACCACCUUAUAGCAUUAAUGGAAUUAGAUGGUUCUAAUCAUGCAGUUAUUGUAACCAAGGACAUCGACAAGCCAAGAGCAAUUAUACCUGAUCCUGUAAAUGGGAAAAUAUACUGGUCUGACUGGGGAGUACCCCCAAAAAUAGAGACCGCCAAUUAUGAUGGUACUAAUAGAAAGGCUCUGAUUACAUCCGGGAUACUUUGGCCGAACGCUUUAACAGUAGAUUUUGCAGAUCAGUGGAUGUACUGGGGAGAUGCAGGAACUCACAACAUUGAGCGAGCUAGAUUAGACGGCUCUGAGAGGAAAGUUAUUUUCUAUAAUGCCAAUUCACAUUACUUUUCGAUGCUCCUUUACUCAAACAAUCUGUUUUAUACCGACUGGCAACACAGAUCAAUCAUGGCAAUUUCCGUUUCCGGUGUCGGCGUGUCUUCGAACAUUGGAAAUGAUUCAUUUUCCAGACUUAAUGAUAUUUCUCGUUUGAAACCAAAACCAGCGUAUCCAGAAACAAAUGCUUGCACGAAGAAUAAAGGCGGCUGUAGUCACAUCUGUAUACCAAGACCAAAAGGAAAUCAUGCUUGCCUAUGUCCAACAGGUUUUACUCUGAAAGAUGAUUCAUUUUGUAUAAAACCCAAAGAACAAGAAAAGAGUGUUACAUGUAAGCCAUUGAAGAGACACAGCAAAUUUACCACUAUUUUACCAAAAGAGUGUCUGACACAUGCUUCGCCAGUUGGAAAGAUUUGCAAGAUUCAAUGCCCGGAUGGCUUCCUAUAUGGUGGUACUCUAACUGAUAUAGAAUGCAAAGCUGAUGGACAUUGGAAUGCUGACGUAUCCCUCUGCUUUGACGCAACACCUCCAGUUUUUCAUAACUGUUGCGGUUAUCGGGAAAUGGUAAUGGACGAAAAAGGCGAAGAACUGUUCACUGUUACAUGGGACGAUAUCUAUGUUACGGAUAAUAGUGGCAUUCGGCCGACUUCUUACGCUUCAAUACCAAGUGGUAGUACUUUGCCAGCGGGUGACCACACAAUUAAUAUUUUUGCCAUCGAUCAAGCAGGUCUCUUUGCAGGAUGUCAAUUUACAUUGAGUUUAAUAGUUCAGCGAUGUGGAGACGUCCCUCUUACAAGUCGAGGCUAUAUUGUAUCCGGUGAUUGCCCGAAUUAUUAUGGAGCAAAAUGCCAAAUUGCAUGCGACACCGGGUACCAGUUCAGCUCCAACACAAAAGUGGCAACCAUAGAAUGUGACCUUGACGAAAACAAUGAGACGCUAUGGAGGCUGGGGAAAGAUAACAAUUUCUCAUGCAUUCCAAUUACAUGCCCCCCUAUUCUGACAUCUAAUACUGAAAUAACCGGUUGUUCAAAGCCGCAUUAUUUUGGAUCAAUGUGUGAACAAACUUGUAGUAAGGGCUUCGAAAAAGUGAGUGGAAACAGCAUCAGAAUUUGUAAAUCGGGCGGCUCUUGGUCAGGGGAAGAUCUAAAAUGCCAGGAAAAAACAAUUACAUGCCCCCCUAUAAUGACAUCUAAUACUGAAAUAACCGUUUGUAAAAAGCCGCUUGAUUUUGGAUCAGUGUGUGAACAAACUUGUAGUAAAGGCUAUGAAAAAGUGAGCGGGAGCAGCAUCAGAAUUUGUAAAUCGGAUGGCUCUUGGUCAGGGGAAGAUCUAAAAUGCCAGGAAAAAAAUUCCGAUGAAAAUUUUCAUCUAACAAACAACGGCAUUCUCAUUGGAGUUGCGGUUAUAAUUACGUCAUUUCUGCUGUUGAAUUGUGGAAUUUUGGUCUAUUUACGAAAUUUGGGUGGAAAAAUCGAUACUAGUGUUGAAAGUAAAACCUCCUCUUUACAAAACCAAAAUGGACACUCAGAACCACAAUGUGGAACAAGUUUCGAAAGAAAAAUUUCCUCUCCACAAAAUCCACUCUCAGAUUCACAACCUUUAACUCAGCGUGGGGUAGAGGAAACAUUUAAAAAAGAGGAAUACACGUGAUAAUAACAAUUCAACUUCAUAAUUUUUAUUUUGUUUUUGUUGUCUUUAUUUUUUGUUGUUGGUUUUUUGUUGUUGUAUAUUUGCUGUUUGUUGUUGUUUCGUAACGACAGUCUUUUGAUAUAUUGUUACUUACACAAAAAUGUAAAUGGUAUUUUCUAUUUCUAAACAAUUCAAAAUGUAGUGCAUAAAUGGUAUAGAUUUUGAAGGCAAUGACCAAGUCAAAACGUUCCAAAACGAAAGGUAGACCUAGCCAACCAAAGAUGCAAUUUUCAAACAUUCCGCGUGUUUCAGUGGUCAAGCCGAUAAAAUUUGUGUUGAUGAAAAAAAUACAUAUUGAAAUAUAAAAAGAUAAACAGUUUAAGAGUAUGUGAGUGAAUAACUACGUAAAUUAAGAUAAACAUAUAUAUUAUGGGGAAAGAAAAGCGUACAAUGAAUGUGGAAGGAAAAUUCGAAAAGAAUAGUAAAAGUGACAGCAAUGAAUCUUGUAAUAGUAAUAAAUUGUCUGUCUUAGAAAAACAAAAAAGUCAUACAGAUUGGGGAACUGGUAACGAAUUUGUAGUAUUAAUUACGUAUUGACAAUUGUCCUGUGGACACUUCAGACAUAUAUGAUGACACAGGGAAGAUAUUUACCCUGUUUAAAUGGAAGAUAAACACAAAUGAAAGUAUCUGUAUUUAACUACAUUUAACAACAUUUUACUACAUUCAAUAUGUAGUUCUCUGAAAAUAAUACAUUAUCCUUUUAACAAAAUAAAUAAAAUGUAGAUAUCUGUUAUUUAUAUAUGUAUUUCAUAUCUUCGUACUUGUUUCAUAGUUUGGGAACCUUUCUGUUGUAUCGUAUGUAAUUGGUGUGCAGGUAUUAGUUACCCGUGCUCCAGAGCAUGCCCAUUAAUUGGCUCAUUUUGCUGGGGUUUACUUGUUGUGAUGGCAGAGAACUGGAAAGCGAUUGAAUUAUAAUAUUCAGAUACUCAUUCAUUGGCUAUUUUAUCUGGGGUAUCAUAUUGUGGCAACA